AUGGUCUCGUUCAACUGCGACGGCUGUGGCGACGUUGUCAAGAAGCCAAAGCUUCAGCAACACUACCAACGCUGCUAUGCACCCGUGACGUGCCUCGACUGCUCGUUGCAGUUCAACACACCCAACGAGUUUAAGAGCCACAACAGCUGCGUCAGCGAGGCCGAGAAGUACGAGAGGAGUGUUUACCGCGGUCCGAAGCAUCAAGCUCAACAGAACCAGUCUGCGAACGGCGCAAAUGGAAGUACGCCUAAGAAACCGCAGAACGGGCAGGUCAGCACACCGGCCCGUGAAGAGAAGCCUGCCCCAGCGGCCGCGACGCCAAGCAAGCAGGAGAGCGCCGAACAGGUCAACGGGAAAAGGAAGAGAAACGACGAAGAGCACGCCGCUGUAGCAACCCCAGCCGAGUCUUCCAGCUCCUCGAGGAAGGAAAAGAAGGACAAGAAGGAGAAGAAGGAAAAGAAAGAAAAGAAAGAGAAGAAAGAGAAACAGGAAAAGAAGCAGGAAGCCAUAGAGGUUGCUGACGAAGCCGAAGCAAGCGGUAGCAAGGACGAAGCGGACACGGAAGACGACGCCGAAGAACACGUCCAGGACGACCCUAUGCAAGCUGCCGCCGAGGAAGAGAAGAUCAUCAAGCCGCUCUCCGCCUCGGAACUCGAAGCGUUCAAGAAAAAGCAACGCAAGCUGGGCAUCAUCUACAUCUCUCGCAUCCCGCCCGGCAUGACUCCCGCCAAAGUGCGCCACAUCCUGUCCAACUUUGGCGAGCUCGGACGGAUCUACCUGCAAGACGGCACCAAAACGGGCGAGUCGAAAAAGAAACGUUCCGGCGUCGCGCGCUAUACCGAAGGCUGGGUCGAGUUCAUCUCGAAAAAAGUGGCCAAGGCAGCCGCCGAGAUGCUCAACGCGCAACCCAUCGGCGGGCUCGCUGCGUCGAACUCCAAGAAGUCCGGCUCGGGAGGCGGCAGCUCCAAGAUGGGCAAGAGCAGCAAACGAUUCCAGGACGACGUAUGGACCAUGAAGUAUCUCAAGGGGUUCAAGUGGCACAUGCUGUCGGAACAGAUGGCGCAGGAGAGGGCGAGUCACGCUGCUCGCCUGAGGACCGAGCUGAGCCAGUCGGCCUACGAGCAGAAGGACUACCUCAAGAAGGUCGAACGUGCGCGUGUGCAGAAGGACAAGAUGGAGAAGAGGAAGCGCAAGGCCGAAAAGCUCGGUACCGAGCUGGACGACCAAUCGGGGAUGGAGAAGAGCCGAACGUUCAAGCAGAGGAAAGUGGUGCAGAAGGACGUUCGUGACCAGGCGUAA